UCACCUGCAUAUCCAAAAUUGAUCGUCAGCUCAAUGCUUGUCGUACAUCGGGGCAGCCCGAGGCGGAGCCUCCUAGGCAAAAUGCAAAUAAUUUCAGGAAGCUCCCACAAAUUACAAUAAAAGAAUUUAGUGGUGCCAAUAUUUUAGAUUAUCUACCUUUUAUUAAUAUGUUUAAGGCAGUCAUUGAUUCUGACACAAGCUUGAGUCUGUGCCAAAAAUUAUAUUAUUUGAGAUCAUUUUUAACUGGGGAAGCCUUAAGCUUAAUUCAAAAUUUGCCUUUGACUGAAGUAAAUUAUUCUGAAGCAUUAAAGUUGUUAGAAAACCGCUAUAACAAUGAGCCAAUGAUCAUUAACCAUCACAUUAAUACUUUGAUUGAUUUGCCUAAAUGCACUGCUGAUCUUAGAUCUUUGGUAGCAAGUGCUAAUGUACAUUUAACUGCACUAAAAAGUUUAAACAUGCCGGUUGAAGCUUGGGGUCCGAUAAUGGUCAACAUUUUGCUCCGAAAAGUGGAUUCUGAGACAAACAAUGAGUUUCAUUUAAGACGGGAUAAAAAAGUUGUGUUUUCUAUGCAGGAAUUCAUAGAUUUUUUGGAGUCCAGAGCGUUGGCCAGGGAGAAUGCAAUGGAAACAAUGCCUGUGAGUACUCCCAGUGGUGUGAAGACUGGCAAGCCUGCAUGUAAUACAGCAGCAGCAGUCUCAUGUGCUUCAGAGGGAAUCACUGCCUCUAACGCCGCAAGGUCCCUACCUGGUUAGUACCAGCCUAGGUUAUAUUGUAGCAGGCAGCCUGCCAGUAUCCGUUGGAAACAUCCAUUCUUCAAAUUUCUGUGUAACAGUUCAAGGUACCCCCCAUAAUAUUUCUCAUAAUUCUCAUAAUGAUCAACUUGAUAGUAUUGAACAUACUAUUUCAAAUUUUUGGAAAUGUGAAAAAGUACCUGAAAUUUAUAAAGAAGGUAUUACUGAACAUCAACUAGCUGAGGAAUGUUUUCAAAACUCUGUCAAACUUGUUGAUGGAAAGUUUUGUGUAGAUUUACCUUUAAAACUUAAUUUAAACGAUAUCCAGAUGGGUAACUCAUUUAAUCAGGCAUUGCAUCGUUUUCAUAAUUUAGAAAGGCGUUUCGCUAAAGAUGAUAAGUUAUAUCAACAGUAUAAGAAGUUCAUUCAUGUUUAUCUUGAGCAAGGCCAUGCCAUGUACUUUGAUAUAUCUAACUAUGAUCCUAGGGCAGGUAAUGUGUAU